UCAAUUCACCAUUUCGUUGUUUUAAUAUACCCCCAAAAACCACUAUUGUAUACUGAAUAAAAUAAAAAUAAACAAAAUGUUUAAGGAGCUUGUACUGUGGAUGCAUCGUCUGGCCCACGACUUUUGUUUGGCCCGCCCAAUUGCACCGAUACCUCGACAUGGCUGUCGUGUGCCAGUUAAGAAUGGAUUCUUCGCCAACUUGAUUUUCUUUGUGGCCAUUGUGACGCCGCUGUACUUUUGCCUGCUGAAGGACGUGAUCGCCAUGAUCACUAAGCCCAAGAAGCCCUAAUCUUCGCCAGAACCCUUUCCCUUUUUAAGUCAUAGUUUGGUCAGUCAAUGUAGUGUAGCUAGUUGAAAUCCGCACCCAAUCAAUACAGUUUGUGGCAUCGUCUCAA